AUGAAGUUCAUUGACAUUUUGUUCGUACUGAGCGCGGCAGCAACCGCUAAUGCAAUACUGGUUUCAGAUAACGGCAAUGACUCAGCUCAGGCAUCAAGCACUUCCAGUCAAGUGCCUGGUCCAACCAAUGAACCUGAACCAGGCACUUCCGGACAAGGCCAGCAAUACUUGCAUCGAACUGGUCCAAAUGCUCCAAAACGAAGUCGAAAACGCCCAAUCAGUAAGCCUGGUCCAAGUGCUCCAAAACGAAGUCGGAAACAAUCGAUGAAUCAACCCGGUCCAAGCACUUCCAAUCAAGACCAGCAACAGCCAAUGAACGAAGAAGAGUCGGGAAAUACUGCUCCAAGUCAAGAGGCUGUAUUAAGCGAAGAAGACCAGAAAACCUUGGAUAGUCUAAAGCAAAAAGUUGAAGACUUUAAAAAAUUGCAAGAGAGCAUAAACCAAGCCUAUUCUGAUGGUGCACUUUAUCGAUUAACUCAAUUGGCAGGGUUAGGAAAAGGAAAAGGUAUGUCUGAGCCAAGUUACAGCCCAGAAGCUAAAAAACAAUUGGAAGAAGAUUGUGAAGAAGCAGAAAGAGAACUAGAAAGUAUCAAACAAAAAGUGAAAAAGGCUAUGAAAUUUUUUGGGUUUCAAUAUGAAGAUUCGAGUUCAGAAGAGUCGAGUUCAGAUUCAGAUUGA